CCUUUCUUGGGAUGGACAGCUCCCUGGCUGAUGGUUGGAGUUGGGAGUGAGCUGUUGUGUUGUGCUGUGUAUACAGUGUAAUAUAUCCUUUGUAGGGAUUUUAAAUGACUCGUGCUUCAUUCGCAUCUCAGGAACGCAGUUUUGCACCCAGACGUGGGAUUUUGUUAUUUGCGAAAAUGUUUAUUUUAUGAAAUCAGAUUUUAAAUGCCGUGGGUUCUCAAAAAGAACAACAGUAUUUGGCUACCUAGUAUUGGUCAGAUCAAAUGCACUUUACCUCUCCGGGCUUGUACCACAGCUAAUAUUAAACCCCCUGCAAAUCACAACCUUUGGGACUGUUGUCGCUUUGCUAUUACUUCCAGGAAUGAAUCCCAUGCAUCAGGUGUUAAACCUGAACUGAUUUUCAAAGAGCUGGAAUACAUACUGCCUUGAACUUGAUGUUGACGUUGGGGGAGCCAUUUGAGCAUGCACAGCCUUUUCACAUGGAUGACAUGGUCAUGGAACUUGCAGCGUUGAGACGGUUGGAUUUAUGUAAGGUGUUUGAACAGCGGUGAAAAAAACAACAAACUGUAAUCAUCUUUAAAUCCCAUUCGCCAAUCCUGAUUGUAAGACGCACCUGUCAGAAAAAACAAGGAUACAAUAAUACAGCACAGCCAUGGGAAAGGAGGAGUGCAAGACUCUACUGGAUGCACUGAACAAAGUGACCGCCUGUUACAGGCACCUGGUCGUCACAGUCGGAGGAACCUCCGAUUCACAGAAUUUAAGAGAAGAACUGAAGAAAACGAGAAAAAAGGCUCAGGAACUCGCAGUAGCCAACAGAAACAAGUUGACUACCUUAUUGCGAGACAAAACGAUCAGCAAAGAAGAUAGAGCCGAGUACGAGAGGCUAUGGGUCAUCUUUUCCACAUGCAUGGAAUUUCUAGAGGUCGAUAUGAAAAAAGCUUUGGAAAUUGGCCAGGAGUUCCCGUUAAAUGUUCCCAAAAGGUACCUGAUCCAUUCUGGGAUGAGCGGCGGGACCUCUGCGGUGGCGGCCCGGGCUAUGAGUGCCCAAAAUAUGAAGUACGAGGCGGACAGUAAUAUCGAUGUGGCCGAUUUAAAAGAGUUGGAAAACGAGAUUAACCAGGUCGGAGAAAUGAUGGUGGAAAUGGAAAUGAAGGUAAACGUUGCAAACUGGACAGUGGAGGCUAAACAAGACCCCGGUGCAGAGUUGAAGUCGACCAUAAGUGUGGGUGCUUCCUCUGUCGGUAUGAUUUCUGUCAACGAAGAAACCAAAUCGGCUUGUGACCCGACCAAAGUUUUGGCUGGGGUGAUAUUCUGUGCUUUUUUGUUUAUUGCCGUUAUUUUAGCUGUAUUAGUUAUAAAACUCUCUUGAAAUCUUUUUUUUUUUUAAUGAAGCACAUCAGUCAUGUUUAAAAUGCGUCCAGUGCUUUUAUCUCCAAGCCUUGAUUCCAGUAGCUACACAUAUAACUCCACAAUCCCUUCUAUUUGAUACAUUUUUAGGUGGAUGACUGAUGGUCGUAUUGAGAUAUGACCAGGUAACUGUAGCCUAAGUGAAAUUGUAAGCAGAUGUAAUGUGCUGUCGAUCUGUCUGAAUAGUUGUGUUCCUUUUUUAGUAUAGGUUAGCAAACUGAUACAGGAUGGGUAGUCAAUAAAAUCGUGCAAUAUGUAAGUGAAAUAUAUUGAAGACAAUUGAUAACACCGCGGAAACUCCUCAGGUGUUUUCUGAUUAUCUAUUAUUUAUUUUAUUUGGCAGACGCCUUUAUCCAAGGCGACUUACAGGUGACAUACAUAUUAUAAGUGAUGUUAUUGUUGCUAACUGUUCACGAGACCUCAUUCAAGAAAAUAGCUGAUAUGCACUAAAAUUAUUAUUAUUAUUAUUUAUAACCAUACUGUACAACAGGCUUGAACCGGCGUCCUAAGGGUUAAUUUUGAAUUAAAAAAAAAAAAUAAAGAAAAAAGAAAAACACCGUUGUAUCGCUAGGGUUUAGACCCAGGAUUAUCUACUAUACAUAUAUGACAUUUCUCUCUACUAAAUAAUUCUUAUUCUCAUAAAUAGCCAGUGGAAACUUCAAGUUUAUGUUUACAUAAAUGUGUACGGUUUAUAAACUACAAUACUUGUCCUUAAAAUAUUUAUCAAAAUCCCAUAGGUGUUUUCUAAUGUUAUCAGUAUUGGACAUUACACGGCGAUGCACUUUUCCAGUAAGCUUUUCUUCUUAGUAACAGGCUUAGCAUGAAAAUGCCAUUUAAAACAUCCUACUGUUUCGAUAAGUAGCAGGGGCAUGUGACUCACACUCGAGAAAGACAUAUUAAUGAAUAUAUAAUACGAACGGUCCGGUUCAAGUCUAAUUGCAGGGAGUGCUGCAGACUCGGAGGGUGUACUAAUCUACAGGGACGUGAUCGAAAAAGGGUCCAUCUUUAAAGGAACCCAACGAGUUAGGAUCAACAUCGUAUUUUGUCCGCUGUCCUUUAUGUCUUAAAAUAACAAAAACUAUGGUAUCUGUGUGCAGUUGUUUAAUACUUCACAAAUGCCCCCCCAAAAAACAUUUGUAUUAAUUACACUUGUUCGUUUUUGUUAUUUGCUACUUUUCAAAAGCUACUAUAAGGAUAGCAGAGCCAUAAUCCUAGGAACAGUGUUACUUUAGUAAACCAUCUGCUUGCUGCUUUUGUACAGCUCGCAAAAGGGAAACUGAAAUUCGGUAGGAUACAGAUAGUAUGUGAUUCUCAAACCAAACACGUCAACAACACGGAAGCCACUCUCUUUAGCUUCAGAAUUGCACGGACUAUGUCUCCCGUUAAGCAAUUACUGGCAGAACUUAAUAUUCCUCCUACAUUAUGAACGAAUGAAUAAAAAUUAUGUAUUGAUAUGGAAAUAUUACAUUGAAUGUGGUCAUUAAUGAAAAGAGGUGCAUGUACAAUUUUUUUUAUAUAUUCCUGUUUUUAAAUCGUGUAUCUACAAUGCAGUAUAUUUAUGAUAAUAAACGAUGUUUUAAAUGAUAACAUACUGGGGUUUAGUUCAUUUCUAUUUUAUUUCAUACAUAAGUGCACGAGAACUGUAUUAAGAAGUGUUACUUUUGACAAAUUAUUGCAAGAUGACAGUAAAUCGUGUAAAUAGCGACAGAUCUACACCGCAGCAUUAAUGUAUUAAGAUUCUGAAAAUCAUUAUUUCUAAUAGCGCAAGUGUGUCUCUUUAAUGUGUUUUAGUCUGUAAAUACUGUAUGAAGCACAUCUAAUAAUAUUUACAUGUUAUGAAUAAAAAAACAAGACAAAGAAACACAGAUAUGUAUUUAUUUGUCAAGCCAACCAACUGUAAAAUAUCUUCAAAUUUGCUCCAAAUUGGAAAUAUAAAAAGUUGCUUAAAUGAAGGAACUAAGAUAACCAAUAAAGUUUUUAAUCGUUGAUAGUACAGUAUUAGAAUCACCUGCUGUUUAUUUCACUAGAAUAGGACAGAGUAAGCGCCUCCUGGAAAUGCAUUUAGGCAAAAACUU